GAGUGGGAGGGACGGGCGGAGCCCCCCUCCCGAGGAGUCGCUGGAGGCGGGGACUGGAGGGAGGGGCGGGGCUAAUCUCCUUGGCGCCUCGUUGCCAUGGCAGCGAGGGAGGGCGGAGGGAGGGGAGGAAGCGAACGGGAGGGGGAUGUGGUACUGCUGCGGCCGCCACCGCAGCUGCCGCUGCCUGCUUGUGGCCGCGUCUUCCCGGAGGCGGCUACUGGAAGCGGCCGAGAGCAGCUGUGGUGCUCUGCCAUAUUGUGUCUUCCCCUACCCAUACCUCGCCCCUCCGCUGCGGCGGCCGAGCUGACGAACUGUAAGAGUAAAUGGGUCCAGUAAUUGGAAUGACUCCAGAAAAGAGAGCUGAAACUCCAGGAGCUGAAAAGGUUGCAGGAUUGAGCCAGAUUUACAAAAUGGGAAGCUUGCCUGAAGCUGUUGAUGCUGCCAGGCCAAAGGCCACUCUAGUGGACAAUGAGUCAGCAGAUGAUGAACUCACAAACUUGAACUGGCUUCACGAAAGUACUAAUCUCCUAACAAACUUCAGCUUUGGAAGCGAAGGUCUUCCAAUUGUUAGUCCAUUGUAUGACAUAGAAGGAGAUGACGUGCCAUCCUUUGGACCAUCGUGCUAUCAGAACCAAGAAAAAAAAUCAGCAACUUCAAAGCCCCCAUACUCCUUUAGUCUUCUCAUUUAUAUGGCUAUUGAACACUCUCCAAAUAAGUGUUUGCCAGUCAAAGAAAUUUAUAGCUGGAUUCUGAACCGCUUCCCGUAUUUUGCAACUGCACCAACUGGCUGGAAGAAUUCUGUUCGACAUAAUCUGUCCCUGAAUAAAUGUUUUCAGAAAGUGGAAAGAAGCCAUGGCAAGGUUAAUGGAAAAGGUUCCUUAUGGUGUGUUGAUCCAGAAUAUAAACCCAACCUUAUGCAGGCACUGAAGAAGCAACCUUUCUCCUCAAAAUCCACAUUUUACAGCCCUCCUGCAUCACCGCAAAGUGGUUCUUUAUCACCUCACUACUUAAGCUCUGUACUCAAGCAGAACCAGGUGCGAACUCUCAAAGAAUCUGAUAUUGAUGCUGCCACUGCAAUGAUGCUUUUAAAUACUUCUAUAGAACAAGGAAUUUUGGAAUGUGAGAAGCCUCUGCCUCUUAAAACAGCAAUGCAAAAAAAGAGAAGUUAUAGCAAUGCGUUCAGUCAUCCCAGUGCUGUGCGAUUACAUGAGAGUGAUUCUUUAGCCACCAGCAUUGAUCCAAAAGAAGACCACAAUUACAGUGCAAGUAGCAUGGCAGCGCAGCGUUGCGCGUCCAGGUCUAGUGUGUCCUCUCUGUCUUCUGUGGAUGAGGUGUAUGAAUUUAUCCCAAAGAGUAGCCAUGUAGGAAGUGAUGGCAGUGAAGGAUUUCGCAGUGAAGAAGACACAGAUGUUGACUAUGAAGAUGAUCCACUUGGAGACAGUGGCUAUGCAUCGCAGGCUUGUGCAGAUACGACUGAAAAGGGGCAGCCAGACAAAAAGAUGCGAAAACAAGCAUGUCAAGAAAUUGAUGAGGAGCUCAAAGAGGCAGCUGGAUCUCUGCUCCACCUUGCUGGUAUUCGUACAUGUCUAGGUUCCCUAAUAAGUACUGCAAAGACACAGAAUCAAAAGCAGCGGAAAAAAUAGAAAUACUUACUAGUGUGAAAUUAUUUUUAAAUGUGGCAAUACUCUUCUACUUAAUUCUUUACAAGGGAUAUCAAAGCCAUAAUGGACUUCUUUUGUUUUAGGGUGGGGGAGGGGUGCUAAUUACUUGUUUAUUUCAAAAUAUUUUUGUUUUUUGAAUUUUUAUUAAAUAGUUGCUGUUAGGAUCAUGCCCAAUCAUCAAUAUGAUGUGAAAUCCUAAAUGCAUAAUUUUUGUGAUAAGUGUCUUCAAGAUUGGAACUUUUAUGUUAAAAAAAAAGUCCAGAGCCUCUGUCUUAAACUUGUCUUUUGUUCUGUUAAUAUGUCCAAGUGUAAGAACUGGCAACUCUAACUUCUUUUUUCAUUUUCUUUUCCUAUCUGUAAUUAACUAUAGUUGCCGAUCCAGCUAGAAAUUUUGCUGCUUUCUUUCUCCCAUACUCCUCUCUUGACAUGUGUAAUCCAGUAGGAUGAGAUUUGAAUAUUUUAUUUUGUCUUAAUUUUUGUUUUUAAGUAUUUUUUGUUGACACAUGAACAAAGUUGAAUAUAAGUUGGAAAAGAUCCUAAAUGUCUAGAAAGUUCCUUUUGCAUACAUUGGCAAAGAGAUAGCAAAAAGUUCUGAGAUUUAGAAAAGGCAAUUUUGUGAUGUAAUUUCAUCUAAGAACUUCAAUUCCAGUUACAGUAUUAUUUUUUCAAAAUUUUUAACUUCCUAGAUAUUCCAUAGUGUUGAUUGGAGCCAUUUAUUGGAGCCAAAGUGCUUUGCAACCAUUAUUUUGAUUUUAGCCACUAGCUGUCUUUGUUGAGGAGAAAGUAUCCAAUGAAAGGAUAUAGCCAUGGAGUCCCAUUUAGGCACACUUUUGCAAUAAGAGGAUCUUUCAUUGGCUUGUUAAAUGUACUACAUUCUGAAAAUUACAUGAAUGGAGUAUAAUCUAAUAUAAACAUUUGAAUAUGUGUUAUUUAUGUCAUCAUAAAUAAAGGUAGAUCAUUUAGGAAAAAACUUCUAUUCAAGCUUUGUAUGAAUUAAAUUGUAUGUGCACCCAAUUACGUUAAAGGAUUUAACAAAACUGUAGAGAUAAAAUGCCUUCAUGGAUUUUAAAAUUUGUAUAAAAUUUUAUACAUCCUUUUAAGGAGGCAGUGUAAUUACGUGCCAUUAAAUCCAUCCUAAAAGAUUUUGUUACUCUUCCAAAUGUGUAUUGCCCAAGGCCUUUUUCAGUAUUUGAACAAAUCUGCUUAUAUGAUACACAUUUUUUCAUAUCAUUUAUAUAGCUUGACUAUAUCAUUCAAAAAGGACAAAGGAUACUAAUAAAGUUAAACUUAUUCAUAAUGUAUUUUUUUACAAUGGCAAAAGCGGCUUUCUAAAAGUUCAGUCUUAUCACAUGCUACAUCCUGUUUCAUAAAUGACCUUGUUUUUAUUUUCUGAUAAUUUCAUAUAUACAUAUACAUACAUACACACAUAAGCUUAUGAUUUUGGUUUGUUACUUUUAGCUGUUUCUAUGAUGAUAAAGCAUUUUAAAAAAAGACAUUUUUCUUUUAACUUGUAGAGCUUAUUUGGGCAAAACUGUCAAAUGAGAAGCAUACUGAAAAUGUUUUUUUCAGUUGUCAAGACAUUAAGCCAGGGAUAACAACUUAAUCUGUCCUGUUUCCAUGUUAAUUGUAGUUGAACCUGGGUAGCCACAGUAAUAGAAUUGCUGCUGUUGAAAGUAAUAAUCUUUCAAUUUGUUGAUAACAAGUAUGCAGGAUGAGGUAUUGAAUUUUUUGUUCUUCAUAUAUAUCACAUCUGCUGCAUAAAAUUGCUAACCUAAGUUAACAUCUUUUACUAUACACAGUGAAUAUAACACCAAAAAUUAUUAAAUUGUUUUUAUCACAGUAUAAAUAGUACAUGGGGCUUCCCUGGUGGCUCAGUGGUAAAGAAUCUGCCUUUAAGGCAGGAGG